AGAUCUAUAUGCAACAUCCAACUCUACAAAAAAACGUAAUUGAUCACACCAUCUCUUUACAUUUACACAUCAAUAAUAUGAGGCUUCUGCAACAUCCAUACUCUUAACUCGGAGCAAUGGCACCAAAAUCUGAUCUUUCUCUUUUCACAGUCACUCUCCUCCUCCUCCUCGCCUUCUUUUCUUUCCUAUCUAAUGCAACGGCAAACUCAUCUCCGUUUGAGUUCCUUGAGCAGCUUAAGGGUUGUCACAAAGGUGACAAGGUCAAGGGCGUCAAUGACCUCAAGAAGUACCUUCAAAUGUUCGGUUACUUAAACUAUGAGAACCACAGACAUUCUGAUGACAAUGAUUUUGACGAGCUCUUGGAGGAAGCCAUCAAGACUUACCAGCUCAAUUUCCACCUCAAGUCCACCGGAACGUUGGACAACAAAACCAUAUCACAGAUGAUCAUGCCUCGUUGUGGUAUGUGUGCCCGAUAUCAUCAACGGCACCUCAUCCAUGCGAUCAGCCAAGAUAAAGCGCCAUCACCCUAUCCUCCUACUUUGCGCACUUGGAUGCCAGAAGCUACACCCCUACACUCCUAGUAGCAAUUUCAAAAGCAGCUCCUGGGGUCACUGUCUUUCCGGUUGUCCCUACAACAUGAGCAGUAGCUCUGAAACAGUCCACGGACAAGCAGUUUGCCAGAAUUGCACCAAUGAUGCAAACCAGGAAAUCUUUCAAAGAGUUGUAAAACUGAAGAUUCAAAGAAGCUUGGAAAAAGUGGUAAUGCCUACAAGGUAAUGUCAUCUGUUAUUGUUUGAAAUGGCUUCAGACAAUCAGGAGUUUGAAUCACCAUCCAUGUGGUAUUCUACUCAUUGUAUCUUUUGGCUACCAGCUUGGCAAAACAACCGUUAAGUGCAAAUUAAAAUUAAAGAUAAAUAAGAAUUUCCAACAGAACCAGUUAUUGAC